ACUGCACCGGGACCCCAUAACCGCUUCCCACAGAGCCCCAACGGGACCCCCCCAUCCCGAGACCGCCUCUGACCUCCCCUUUUAAGCCUCUUUAGCGGCUGAUCCGCGGUCAUUAACAUCCGUGCCCGGCACCGGGCUCCGUUCCCGAGCCCUCAGCGCUCUGCCCAUGGCCGCCCUCUUCACGGGCAAGGUCCUGGUGUCCAACCGGGAACGGGACGAGGUGGAAACGGAGCAGGAGCUGCAGCGGGCGCUGGACAACAAGGUCCUGCUGCUGUACUUCGGCUCCGGGCAGUGUCCGCGGUGCCGCCGCUUCGCUCCGCUCCUCAAGGACUUCUUCCUGCGGCUCACGGAUGAGUUCUACGUGGACCGAGCCUCGCAGCUCGGCCUGGUUUACGUGUCCCGGGAUGAGACGGAGGAGCAGCGGAGCGCGUUCCUGCGGAGCAUGCCCGAGCGCUGGCUCGCCCUUCCCUUCGGGGAUGCCUUCGGCAGGGAGCUGGAGCUGCGCUUCUCCAUCUCCGAGGUGCCAGCGGUGGUGGUGCUGAAGCCAAACGGGGAGGUGAUCGUCGGGAAUGCCGUAGAGGAGAUCCGGAGCAUGGGCCCUGCUUGCUUCCAGAGCUGGCAGGAGGCUGCCGAGCUGGUGGACAGGAAUUUCCUCCUGGCAGAGGAUUGGGAUAAGCGGAGCAGGAGAAGCAUCACGGACCCCAUUCGCCGCCUCAAGUACAAGCUGGACAAGAAGAUGGAGGCAAAGAACAAGGAAAGGGAAGAGGAAGGCGAAGACUUGGAAUAGGGGCUCCGAGAAGUGGCUGCGUGGGCUGAUGCCCCUAUCCAGCAUCUCCAGGACAGCAACAUCUGCAUCCUCCUAGGACCUGGGGCAGUGAAAAGCCCCAAGAUCUUUGUCAUUUAUCUGCCAAAAACAAAAAGGGAGAAGAAAAAUAACUGCAAAAGACCAGAAUUUGGGGAAUAACUCACUAAACAAUUCAAAAAAUGGGAA